AGCUUAGGUAUGAGCACGCCAUCUUAGUCCAUAAUCUGCUUAAUUAGGUGAAGUUCCUUAAUCACUCCCCACCUUAAAAAACAUAAAAUAAAGCACACUCCUCUCUCUCUCUCUCUCUCUCUCUCUCUGAAAACCCCAAUUAAGCUCCAUAUUACUGAGACUGUUUAGACUUAGCUAUGGCCAUGGUGGUGGAUCAAACCGUCGCCGAACUUGAAUUAUCCGGCUAUAGCACCACCACUACCACCACCACAACGAUAGAUGACGAACACGGCUGCAACUGGAACGAUUGGUCCCCCAUGGUGGACUGGGACGCGAUUUCCGGCAGCCAUGAUGACUUCCACGACCUCGUCAAAUCCAUGAUGGACGACAACGUCGCAGUGCUCCAUCACGACCACCACCACGAAGCUGCCGCAAUCAACGCCUACACAGUAGUCGAGGAGGCGGAGACGAGCGGCGGCGAUGAUUCGAAAGGGCUGAGGUCAGUCCACCUCUUGAUGGCUGCCGCCGAGGCCCUGACCGGGGUCAACAAGAGCCGUGAUCUGGCCCGGGUGAUAUUGGUUCGGCUCAAGGAGUUGGUGUCCCCAUCCAACGGCUCAAACAUGGAGCGGCUCGCGGCGCGUUUUGCCGAGGCCUUGCUAGGAUCGCUAGAAGGCUCCGCCGGUGGGGUGCACAGUAAGCACAUGUUAACAAGCAGUACUGAUGAUUACCAUCCGACGGAUGCGGUCGCAGCGUUUCAGCUGUUACAGGACAUGUCGCCAUAUAUCAAGUUCGGACACUUCACGGCCAAUCAAGCGAUUUUAGAAGCUGUCGCCCACGACAGGAGGGUUCACAUAGUUGACUAUGAUAUCAUGGAAGGGAUCCAGUGGGCUUCACUGAUGCAAGCUUUGGUGUCAAGGAAGGAUGGCCCACCGGCCCCACACCUCAGGAUCACGGCCGUGACGAGAGGCGGCGGGAGCGGCCGCCAAUCAUCCAUCGGGACCGUCCAGGAGACCGGUCGUCGCCUGACUGCGUUUGCCGCGUCCAUCGGUCAACCGUUCUCUUUCCAUCAAUGUCGGUUGGACCUGGAGCACGAAGCGUUUCGGCCGUCGGCUUUGAAGUUGGUUAGAGGGGAGGCUUUGUUGUUCAAUUGCAUGUUACACCUGCCCCACUUCAAUCACCGGGCGCCCGAAUCGGUCACUUCCUUUUUAAACGGAGCCAAGGUCUUGAACCCGAGACUAGUGACCCUGGUGGAGGAGGAGGUGGGACCCACAGGCGACCGCGGUUUUGUGAACCGGUUUAUGGACUUGUUGCAUCAUUAUUCGGCACUCUACGACUCGCUCGAGACCGGAUUCUCGAUGCAGGGCCGGGCUCGGGCGUUGGUGGAGCGGGUGUUCUUGAGCCAACGAAUAUCGGGGUCAUUAGCUGGCCUAUAUCGUUCGCAUGGGGAGGAGGAGAGCUGCUCAUGGGGGGAGUGGUUGGCUAUGGAGGGGUUCCGGCCACUUAGCGUGAGCUUCGCCAAUCAUUGUCAAGCAAAGUUGUUGUUGGGGCUAUUCAAUGAUGGAUAUAGGGUGGAGGAAUUAGGUAACAACAGGCUCGUUUUAGGGUGGAAGUCCAGGCGCCUUCUUUCGGCUUCGAUUUGGACCAACUCAGAUUCUGAUUUGUAAAAUAGUCACUUUUUUUUUCUUCCCCUUUUUAUUUGGCGGCAGGAUCCUACACAGACCAAUUUUGUAGCCCAAGAACGACUUCUUCAAGGUGAAUUAAGGUGGAAGAGUCGGUGUACAAGUGUUUCGCGUUUAGCCUUAAGGCUUAGUUCGGUUGGUUUUUUUUGGGUUUGCUCUUCACAAAAUUGAGCAAGGCUCUAAGAUAGGGUCGGGUCGCAAGAAAGUAUUUUUAUUUUAAUUCCCUUAUCCCAACGUAGAUGGUUUUGCCUUUAUUUGGACUGGAAAAGACAUUAUGAAUUGCAAUGUGUAUAAGUUGACUCAAA